AUGUCUCAUGGAAGUUCCCCACUCCACCGAUUAUGGGUCCCUGGCUUCUUGCCUCGGAAGCGCAGCAGCCGGCACCGCGGGAAGGUGAAGAGCUUCCCCAAGGAUGGCUCCUCCAAGCCUGUCCGCCUCACAGCCUUCCUGGGCUACAAGGCUGGCAUGACCCACAUCAUGCCUGAGGUGGAUAGGCCAGGAUCCAAGGUGAACAAGGAGGAAGUUGUGGAGGCUGUGACCAUUGUGGAGACACCGCCCAUGGUGAUCGUGGGUCUCGUGGGCUACGUGGAGGCCCCUUGUGGCCUCUGCACCUUCAAAACCAUCUUUGCCGAGCACAUCAGUGAUGAAUGCAACAGGUGCUUCUAUAAGAACUGGAAUAAAUCUAAGAAGAAGGCCUUCACCAAGUACUGCAAGGAGUGGCAGGAUGACGAUGGCAAGAAGCGGCUGGAGGAGGACUUCAGCAGCAUGAAGAAGUACUGCCAGGUCAUCCCCGUCAUCACCCACACCCAGAUGAGCUUGUUUCCUCUGCGCCAGAAGAAGGCUCCCCGCAUGGAGAUCCAGGUGGAUACAGGCAUGGUGGCUGAAAAAUUGGACUGGACCCGUGAGAAGCUGGAGCAGCAGGUCUCUGUGAGCCAGGUGUGUGGACAGGACGAGAUGGUCGAUGUCAUUGGGGUAACCAAGGGCAAAGGCUACAAAGGGGUCACCAGCUGCUGGCACACCAAGAAGCUGCCCUGCAAGAUCCACCGAGGGCUGCACCAGGUGGCCUGUAUUGGGGUGUGGCAUCCUGCCCAGGGGGCCUUCUCCAUGGCCCAGGCUGGGCAGAAGGGCUACAACCACCACACUGAGAUCAACAAGAAGAUCUACAGGAUUGGCCAGGGCUGCCUCAUCAAGGACGGCAAACUGAUCAAGAACGCCUCCACCGAUUAUGAUCUGUCUGACAAGGACAUCAACCCUCUGGGUGGCUUUGUCCACUACAAUGAAGUGACCAACGACUUCGUCAUGCUGAAAGGCUGUGUGGUGGGAACUGAGAAGCAAGUGCUCACCCUCCGCGAGUCCUUGCUGGUGUAGACCAAACGGUAGGCCCUGGAGAAGAUCGACCUGAUGUUUAUCCACACCAUUUCCCAGUUUGGCCAGGGUUGCUUCCAGACAAUGGAGGAAAAGGAAGCAUUCAUGGGACCACUUAAGAAAGACAGAAUCUCAAAGGAAGAAGGAGCCUAA